CUAAUAGCAGUAUUCAAUACUGUUCUUGUAUGAUCCUAUUCAAUUUCUGCGACACUGUCAGCUUGAAAAUAUGUGGAAAAUUUAAAAUUACGAUAUAUAAGGUGAAACAUGAAGAGAACCAGAGGAUUUUAUGGCGAUGAAAGACAACCCCUCGCCGACCUUAAGGAAGAAACGCAAGAGCCACAAGAGGAAUCUUCUUGGAAUGUAUUCUCAGACACUCCAAGAAAACCUGAUACGGGGUCCAGCGAUGAUUCUGGAAAAUAUGAAUUUAUGGUGAAAUCCCUCAAAAUAGUAGCGUACAUAGUAGUUUUCAUCGUGAUCUUAUCCAGUGCAGUAAUAUCAAAAGGGACGCUUUUGUUGAUGACGUCACAAGUAAAAGCUGAAACAGUAAGACCGUUUUGUAAUCAAAGUUUAGACGCUGAGAGAAAAUUUACUGUUGAAUUGCCAGUUGAAGAAAGAGUUGUUUGGAUUUGGGUUUUGAUAUUCGUUUAUUUUGUACCUCAAUUGGGAAUUUUCUUUAGGUCAUUACGAGUUUGUUUAUUCAAAUCAUGGAAAAAGGAUAAACUAUUGGAAUCAUUUUUCCCAAUAUUUAUAACUGAAACUCUACCAGCUAUUGGAAGUGCUAUUCUAGUAUUUUGUAUUUUACCUGAGUUGGAUGUCCUUAAAGGUGCUAUGUUGACUAAUGCAUUCUGCUUUGUGCCUGCAGUUGUAGGAUUUAUCUCAAGGAGUCAAGAUGAAUCCGACCAAUCCAAGAAAAUUGAUGUUUCGACAGUAACAAUUCUAGAUUUGCUCUGUAUAAUGGCGCAAAUUACAUCAUUUAUCAUGUGGCCAUUGAUAGAACACAAUUCCACCUUGUUACUAAUACCCAUAUCUGGAAUUUUCAUCUCAUUCGGAUGGUGGGAGAAUUAUGUCGACGAGAAUGCCAAGUUUGGAUUCAUAAGAGAGUUAGCCAAAAAAAGAAGGGUGUUCCAGAACAAAACUUACUUCUUCUAUAUUUUCAUAUCUAUCACAAACUGUUUGAUUUUUCUUGCUACCACAAUUAUAAUUUUCUGGAUGAAGGAAGGAGAAUUCAACUUUAUAUUCGAACACUUCACGGAAGCAUUUUCUAAUAGAUUGAUCAAUGUGACUGAGGUACAGAUGUAUGUUGAAGAAUUAUCUCCAGCAGGAUUGGACGAUACGUUUACAACAAUAAAUCCUACAGUAGAAGCUAAUGUUUGGACACCUUUAUCCAUUCUCAUUAUCAACUUUCUGUCCUCAUACAUAUGUUAUGCGUUCACGAAAUUUGCUAGUAAAGUUUCAAUUCAAGAAUUCAGUUUUGCGUUUGCGAUAAAUCAAACUAUUCCCGUUCUUAUAUGCAUACUGAUAGUAAUGACUGGCAAAUAUCUAGAGGACGAAUGCUCUUACACCGAUAUAUUUCCAGCAUAUCUAUUUUACAAUCCUCCAGCGUUUUAUGUCCUCAAAGAUUUUGUAAAACAGCAGUAUGCUUGGAUAUGGUUGUUUUGGCUUUUAUCUCAAGUCUGGGUAACAAUUCACAUAUGGAAUCCCAAAUGUGAUAAGCUCUCGAAAACGGAAAAAUUGUUUAUGAAACCCAUGUACGAUGCUUUUCUCAUUGACCAAUCAGUUUGUCUGAAUAGAAGAAGAAAUGAUAGUACUUUACAGGCAGAUAAGAAAGAAGAAGCUACCAACCCAAAAGUUUACGUAUGUGCAACAAUGUGGCACGAGAAUGAAGAAGAGAUGUUUACCUUCCUUAAAUCUAUAAUGAGACUUGAUGAAGACAACUGUGCACAUCACAUAGCGAAAUAUCACAUGCACACAGAUGUGCCAAGCUUUUACGAACUAGAAUGUAAUAUAUUUUUCGAUGAUGCAUUCAUUAGGAAGAAAAUGAAAGACGAGACGAAAAUUGAUAAUGAUCCAAUGCUCAACACCUACGUAUUGGCGUUAUGUUCCCAAAUAACAAAAGCAUCUUCAGAAGUUCACGGUGUAGAUGUGGAAUUGAGACCACCAAAGAUAUAUUCCACCCCUUAUGGAGGAAGAAUUGUUUGGACCUUGCCUGGUAGAACAAAACUUAUUGCGCAUUUGAAGGACAAAGCCAAAAUUAGAGCUAAGAAAAGAUGGUCCCAAGUGAUGUACAUGUAUUACCUCCUAGGUUAUAGAUUGCUUCCUGAGAUGAAAAUUGGUAAAGCGUCAUCAGAGAACACAUAUAUUCUGGCAUUAGAUGGAGAUAUAGAUUUCAAGCCAGAAGCAAUGCACCUUCUGAUAGAAUAUAUGAAGAAAAAUAGAAAAUUGGGAGCGGCAUGUGGCAGGAUCCAUCCAGUUGGAAGCGGAGCCAUUGCUUGGUAUCAAGUAUUUGAAUAUGCUGUUGGUCAUUGGUUACAAAAAGCCACGGAGCACGUAGUUGGUUGUGUUCUAUGUAGUCCUGGUUGUUUUUCGCUCUUUAGAGCUGAAGUAUUGAUGCAAGAUCGAGUUAUGAAGAAAUAUACAUCUAUAGCGAAUCUGGCUAGGCAUAGAGUUCAAUACGAUCAAGGCGAAGAUAGAUGGCUAUGCACUCUUAUUUUACAAGCUGGUUACCGUGUAGAAUAUUCAGCAGCAUCAGAUUCCUACACUCAUUGCCCAGAGGGUUUCAAUGAAUUUUACAAUCAGAGAAGAAGAUGGAUUCCUUCCACCAUGGCUAAUAUCAUCGAUGUAUUGAGCGAUUACAAACACGUUGUUGAAAUAAAUGAUGACAUAAGCAUGAUAUACAUAUUUUAUCAGGUGGUUUUGUUGAUUGGAACAGUCAUAGGACCUGGAACCAUAUUCAUGAUGUUAGUUGGAGCAGCAGUGACUGUUUUUCAGAUGGAUCAAUGGACUAGCUUCCUGGUCAAUUUGGUGCCGAUUUUGAUUUUCAUUUUUACAUGUGCUCUAACUAACGACAAAGUUCAGCUUAUGGUUGCCGGAAUUCUAAGUAGUAUAUAUGGAUUAAUAAUGAUGGCUGUGAUGAUAGGAGUUUUACUGCAAAUACAUGAUGAUGGAGUGCUCGCUCCUAGUUCACUUUUCUUUUUUUUCAUGGUCUCCGAGUUCAUAGUUGCAGCUUUGAUCCACCCCAAGGAGUUUUAUUGCCUCAAAUAUGGAAUAAUAUAUUAUGUCACCGUCCCAAGUAUGUACAUGCUCUUGAUGAUAUUUUCGGUUUUCAACAUGAACAAUGUAAGCUGGGGUACUAGAGAUAUAACAACGGUAGCAGAAGAGGUUCCUACAGAAGAGAAAAAAGUUGAGACAGAAAAAAAAGAAACUUCAGGUUUUUUUGCAUUCCUCGAAGGUCAAAAAGAAAAGAUCAAAGAAGAAGGGACUUUGGAUAUUUCCUGCGCAGGACUAUUCAACUGCUUUUUCUGUACACAUCCUAGCGAAGAAUAUGAGAAACUAGUGGCAAUCAAAGUAUCACUAGAAGAAAUUAACAAGAAGUUGGGAAUUAUAGAGAACAAACAAGUCCUCACGGUAGAACCUGUUAAGUUGGAAAAACCGAAGGAAGAAGAACCAAGUAAUGAUUUUGUUAUGAGCAACAGUUGGUUUUACCAUAAACAGAUAUUGAAUGGACAAGUGGAGUGGCUAGAAGAUAGGGAAGAAAAAUUCUGGAAUUCACUGAUAAAGGAAUACCUAACUCCACUGGAUGAAUCCCAUAAACAGAAAGCAAUAGCACAAGAUCUCAAAGAUCUCAGAGACAAGAUGGUGUAUACAUUCUUCAUGAUAAAUGCCCUUUUUGUUUUGGUUAUAUUUUUACUUACUUUGAAAAAGGAUAUUAUUCAUCUCAACUGGCCCUACAAUCCAAAAAUCAAUUUCACCUAUGUAGAUAAUGAAAACGAGGUCCAAAUUAUGAAAGACUACCUUCAUCUUGAACCCAUUGGAUUCGUAUUUUUGAUUGGUUUUGGAGGACUGCUCAUAACUCAGAGUAUUGGAAUGUUUGUUCAUAGAUUUUCAACCUUUUCUCAAAUAUUAUCUAAUACUGUUAUCGACUGGAGUAUACUAAAAAAAGACAUUCAUAAUAAUAAAGACCCUGAGGCAAUCAAAAUGACUGUAACGAAAGAUAAUGCUGUUAGGAUAGCAAAAGAACUGCAACGGCUAUAUGACGUAAAUAAAAGUAAAGAUGAGAUAGAAAACGAGAAAUUACCAGCAGGAAAAAGGAAAUCGGUGGUUAUGUCAGCUUUACCUAAUAGGCAGAAGCAUAGAAUAUUCGAUCUUGUUUCAGCUUAUAAAGCCAAAAUGAAAAUGUAUGAUGACGAAGGCUUUCAAGGACCUGUGGAUAGAAAAACAAUUCAAUUCAUCAAAAGAAGGCACACACAGGUUAUGCGACAAUCCAAGUUCAAUUUGCAACCUCCAAAAUCACCUGGUAGAGAAUAUAUGAAGCCGAUAUAUGAAGUAGCUGGAGCCGAUGCUGGAGCAACGGCUAGCUGAUAUACGCUGAUAUUGGUUCAAUAACUUUCUCAAGAUAAUUCUUUUUCUUUUUGAAAAGUACUAAAUAAAAAUUUGUUUUAUAA